AUGUAUCCGAUACGGGAUACGCACCUUCCCUGCCGUAUCCGUGUUUUUGAGAGUGGAACUAUACCAGAGGAGUUGUUCAAGAACCAGUUUCUGGAGCAAGUGUACCUCCAUUCCAAUCAGCUCAGUGGUUCGAUCCCCUUCUCGGUUGGUGAAAUGACAAGCCUUACGUCCUUGUGGUUGCAUGAUAAUAUGUUAUCUGGGGUUUUACCCGCUUCGAUUGGUAACUGCACCAAGUUGGAGGUCCUCUAUCUACUCAAUAAUCAACUGAGCGGCAGUCUUCCUGAAACCUUGAGCAAGAUCGAAGGCCUCAGGAUAUUUGAUGCCACAAACAAUAGCUUCAGAGGCGAGAUUCCUUUCAGUUUUGAGAAUAGCUGCAAGUUGGAAAUAUUCAUCCUGUCAUUCAAUCAAAUCAGAGGGGAGAUACCAAAAUGGUUAGGGAACUGCAGCAGCUUGACGCAGCUUGCAUUUGUCAACAACAGUCUGUCCGGACAGAUACCACCUACAGUUGGUUUACUGAGAAACCUCACUUAUCUUCUACUUUCUCAAAACAAUUUGUCUGGUCCAAUCCCUACUGAAAUUGGCAACUGUGAAUUGCUUUUGUGGCUGGAGUUGGAUGCAAACCAGCUUGAGGGCACUGUUCCAAAAGAACUAGCAAACUUGAGGAACUUGCAGAAGCUGUUCCUUUUUGAAAAUCAUCUCACAGGGGAGUUUCCUGAAAAUAUAUGGGGCAUCCAAAGCCUUCAAAGUGUCCUCGUCUAUCGAAAUGGUCUUACUGGGAAGCUACCUUCUGUGCUUGCUGAGCUUAAGUUCCUGCAGAACAUUACACUGUUUGAUAAUUUCUUCACCGGAGCCAUACCACCGGGACUGGGUGCUAACAGCCGUUUAGUCAAGGUUGAUUUCACCAACAACAGUUUUGUUGGUGGGAUUCCGCCAAACAUUUGUUCAGGGAAAACAUUGAGAAUUCUGGACUUGGGCUCUAAUCAUCUCACUGGUAGCAUCCCAUCCGGGGUUUCGAACUGCCCAAGUUUGGAGAGAUUCAUUCUUCAGGGCAACAAUUUCAGCGGGCAUAUUCCUGAAUUCAGAAAUUGCAAGGGAUUAAGUUACAUAGAUCUUAGCCGCAAUGGUUUCGACGGUCCGGUCCCACCAAAUAUAUUUUCAAACUGCCCUUGUUCGCUGCAAAUCAGUCCCCAAGCUAACAACCUGAAUGGAUCCAUUCCAGGAUUCAGUAAUUGUACAAACCUAGGUGUUUUAGAUCUUAGUUACAACAACUUUUCCAGCAAAAUUCCGCCAAAAAAUGCUUACUGUGUUCGUUGUAAGUUGUAACUCACGAAAGAUAGGGUGAUUUACAGUUAAUGUGAUCUUUGAUUGAUAGAAUAAAACAAGUGUCUUCCGU